GCCAUAAACAUCAACAUAUGCACACAGACACACACACACAUGUUUAUCAAUACAGAGGUCACUCAGCCACUCAGGAGGAGGAAAAACCAUCUCUGACAGAGCUGAGGCAAAUUCUCUGGAUGAACAGGAAGCCGGUGGCACCUGUCAACCAAGUUUGGCCCAAUCUGUACAUCGGAGAUGAGUCCGUGGCACGAGACAAAACCACACUCUCAUCUAUGGGUGUGACUCACAUACUGAAUGCUGCAGCAGGUCGACACCGGAUUAAUACAGGUCAGCAGUUCUACAGUGAUCUUGAAGUGGAAUACCACAGCGUCGAAGCUGCAGACCAUCCGGAGUUUGACCUCCGACCUUUCUUCAAUUCUGCUGCACAGUUCAUUGACAGUGCUCUGAAGAAAGGCGGGAAGGUGUUUGUGCACUGUGCCAUGGGUGUCAGUCGCUCUGGAGCCUUGGUUCUCGCCUAUCUGAUGAUCUGCUGGGGCUUGUCGUUAUCAGAGGCCAUCAUCGCGGUGCGCCUGAACCGAGACAUUGGACCCAACUCUGGUUUUCUGGAGCAGCUCAGGCAGCUGGAGCUGAGCCUUAGACAGGUCACAGAGGAAGACAACAGUGACACAUCAUCAUGACAGUGAACCUGCUUGGGGACAUGCUAUUUCACCCUAGUCAGGCACCUGUUUUAUUUAAACGCAUUUCCUGUUAUAACUCUGGCAAAUGGAAAGGUCAUCUGUUGGAAGAAAAGCUCAGUCAUGUAGACUAAAAUAAACAACUGAAUACUUCAUUUUACAUCUCCGGAAAUAACUCCUCACACCUGUCCACAAAUUACUGACAUGCUUAUAACACAUUAUGACAAUAAUGCAACA